CGCAAUCCAAAAAGAAAUUGGGUAAAAAUCAAAAACCAUUCUUGGACUGAACUUGAAGUCUCUGCCUCUCUCGAGUACAAAACACAGACCAGAUACUCUCAUUUCCUCGCUUCCCGACGAAUUUGGCAAAACCCUUCUUCUCCACCACCGUCUCCAACUCCAAGCAUUUAGUCUGAAAUGAGCGGGUCGUCGGUGGGCACUGGAGGUCACGCGCCGCUCUUCACAGUGGCGCAAUGGGCUGAGAUGGAGCAUCAAGCUUUGAUAUUCAAGUAUCUCAAGGCAGGAGUCCCUGUUCCUUCUGAGCUCCUCGCCCCUAUUCGCACCAGUUUCAACCUCAUUUCCCCCAAUUUCUUACCUCACCACCCCACCUGGGGUUAUGCUUCCUAUUGCGGGAAGAAGAUAGACCCAGAGCCGGGGCGGUGCCGGAGGACGGAUGGCAAGAAAUGGAGGUGCUCCAAAGAUGCAUAUCAGGACUCCAAGUAUUGCGAGCGGCACAUGAACCGCGGCCGCAAUCGUUCAAGAAAGCUUGUGGAAUCACAAACUGCCUCUCAAUCUUUGUCAACUGUGACGUCAGACAGUGUGAUCGGGAGCUCCAGCCACGGUGGGAGCUUCCAGACCAUGCCCUUACACUCAAUUGGAAAUAGUGGAGGCCUAUGCUUUGGAGGCAAUGGAUCUGAGUUGAAGAUGGAAGCUAUACCCUAUGGGGUGUCUAACAGGGGAGCCAGGGGGUGCAAUAGAUCUGGAUCAGAAGAACACAAUUUCAUGUCAGAAGCUAAGAGGUGUGUUCAGGCGCACAGUACUGUAGACAGUCCGUGGCGUCUAAUGGAGCCUCAAGUUCCCUUAAAAUCAGAAUUGAGAAAUAGUUCUCUUUGGCUAAACAACAGCUCUCAGCUACAGACAUUACAAACUAUGGAGUCAUUGAGCGGUGCUGCUGCAAUCACCAAACAGGAGUAUGUUGGUGGAGAAUUUGGCUUACCCGGAUCUCAAAAACACGAACAAAAUUCUCUUCAGCCUUUAUUUGAUGAGUGGCCUAAGUCGAGGGAUCUGGGGUUCCAUCUGAAUGAUCAUAGAUCAAACACGACUGAGCUGUCAAUGUCUAAUGCAGGGGCCACCCCUAAAUAUUGCACAAGGAGUGAUGAGUCACCCAAUGAUGCCUAUACUUGAACCUGGGAGCUGAUAUACAUGCGCUUUCUCGUGCAUGUCCGUGUAGUGUACUUUGCCGAGUUCCUGCUUCCCUGUAAUCUGGACGUCAGCAUUUCUGGAAUUUCUUAGGUUUGUAUUUUCCACUCGACCAUUCUGGUUAUACGAUUCCUGGAGUGUAAUAAUGUCUGUGCUAUCUACUCUUAUAUGUCAGCAUAGCACACUCCGGAGAUAUUGCUUUUGUUUGCUGUUGCACUUAUGACUGCUAUGGGUUUCUUGUGAUGCUUGGA